GCAACACCGGCUGGAAAAUAAAAAUGGCUACCACUGUGUGCUUGUUAUUGUUCGUGGAAUUUUAAUAAUUACGAAGUUUUUUGUACAAAAUAAACAGAAGAAACGUACCGCUGUAGCGUUAAUUAAUCGUUGAAAAGCAAGCGCGAAUCUUUCUCAACAAUUGAGUGCGCUUAUCGGUUGCCCGCACGCAAGCGAACCGUGUGAAAUUAAGCCCCCGAAAAUCGGCUGCUCCGAAUGCGUGAAAAUUUUCGAGACCCGCUAAAAAGGCAUUUAAUAUUGCACUGCCAAAUGUGAAAUGGAGAACAGUGGGGGCUAUUAUAACUACGAAUUGCCCUGAACAUUAAUCUGCAGGCGGGCAGGCGAGAUUUUCAGCAGGAAAAGCGCUUGAAAAGUGACGCAGGAAAAUCCCUAUCCGCGCCCCGCACGUGUGUGUGUGUGUGUUGCAGUGCGUGUGUGUUGGUGAGGCUACUACUAAAAAAAGUAAAGAGGAAAAAAAAAUAGUGGAAAAUGCCCAAAAACAAAAGUCGCAGAGGUUAAAAAAACUAGUGGGGGGAAAUAAACGAAAGACAAUAAAUCAAAACCCAUCGAGUGUUAUGCCUAAAAUGCAAUAUUUCCAAUUUCCAAAAGGACGCCACGGCGGUCAAUCGAAAGCUAAAUGCGAGAAUUGAGCAGCGUUCUAACAAUUAAAUAUACGACGCGUGCGAUUGUCGUGUGAUGAUAUGCCACUUAAACAGCAGCUUGAACCGUCACUGGUGCGGAUAUUGGUCUCGCUACCCUGGGAUGCAGCACAACGGCUGCGUCAGCUGGCCAACGAUGGAAAUCCCGAGCUGCGCGCCCUCAACAUUCAGACCGUGCAAUUCGAGGGCGAUUCUGUGAUAAAUUUGAAAGUUGGUGGACAAGAUAUUAAGAUAACCAAGGAUAAUGUAAACGAGACACUUGAGGCGGCUGGCUCGCUUUCCGGCAACAAAAGUGGUCUGCUGGCCACGGGAUUCGAUGGCCCCAGUACCAGCAAGGCGGCCUCCGCCUUCAUGCAACAGCAGCAGCAGCAGCAGAGGAUUCUGCAGCUGCCCCAGAACGAUGCAAUCUCACUCCAGCAAAGAAGAGCGGCGGGCCUUCAAAAGAUUCCCCUCCAGCAGCAGCAGCAGCAGCAGCAACAACAACUGCAGCAGCAGCAGCAACAACAACUGCAGCAGCAGGUGGCUCCCGUGACUCCCGCUGUCUUCAAAUCCCCCAAUACCGUGUGCCCCAUGGAGGGCAAGGUGCCUCUCCUGUUGCCCUCGCCCUCCGCCACACAGAGGGACUUCCCCUUCGAGAGCAUGCGGCAGGCGAGAGUGCUGCAAGGUCGCGAGGCAGGUGGUCUGGGUCCGCCCUUACCACCGCCGCCGCCGCCACCCAACGUGACCCUCAAGGUGCUGAAGACACAACCGCAGGCAGCUCAGAAUGGCGAGCUUACACCAACGACGCCAACUUCGGCCACACCUACGCCGCCGGGUAGCAAAUCUCAAUUCAUCCAGCCACCACCGCCGCCAUAUCCGGGUUUGGGAGCUGCCGGCACGGCCAGCAGCGUCAGUUCACCCAUUGCCAUAGCGGGCGUCAGUGCCAAGCCGGCCAUUGUGACGGCACCCAGCCAGCUGAACCAUCCGCUGGGGCAUCCGCCGCUGCCAACGGCCACGUCGACGGGCAGCAACAACAUUGCCAUAUCGUCACCGCUGCUGGUCAAUCUGCUGCAAAACGACGGCAAUGCCAUGUCGAAUCCGAACCAGCUCAAGUCGCCGCAACAGCAGCAGCAGCAAUCGCCGCUGAUUGGCUUGAGUCCCAGUGGAGCGCAGAUGAUGAACUCCCCCAUGCGGUCCUCCGGUCCGGCGACGCCCAGUGAUUUCCUUAUGGGCGAUGUGCUGAGUCCGGUGGUGCCUUCCUCACCCACAACGCCCCAGGCGGCGGCUCCUCCUUGUCCACCGCCCGUGGUCAUGAGGAGUCUGCAGCAGCAGCAGCAGGCAAUGCUCAGUCCUAGCGGAAAUGGCAAUCAUUUGUAUACUCAACAGCAACAGCAGGCUCAGCAGCAGCAGCAACAGCAGCAACAACAACAGCCGCAAGGACCACCACCGCAUCGCUUUCAGCAGCAACAUCAGCAAAUGUCGCCGCAGGCUGUGGCCAUGCGACAGCAGCAACUUCAGCGCCAACAGCAGCUGCGAUUCAUGCAACCGCAGCAGCAAAUGCAGGGCCAGCAGCAACAACAGCAACAGUUUCAGCCUGCGCCUGAUUGUUUCAACAACAUGGGCAUGAGUCCAAUGCAACAGCAACAGAUAAGACAUCAAUUGAGACCUGGCGGACUGCCGCUGGCUCCUCCGCCACCUCAUCCGCAGCAGCAGCAGCAACAGCAACAACAGCAGCAGCAGCGACUCAUGAGCUUGUCCAUGCCACAGGCAUCACCACAGCAGCAAUUCAUGAGCGGAGCCUCGCCCCUUGGACCCGCCCUCUCGCCCGCCUCCAGCCAUCACUCGAUGCACAGUCCGCUAAUGGCAAAUCAUCCGGUGCAACAGCAGCAGCAGCAGCAACCGCAGAUGGUGUCGCCUGCCCCGACGCCUGGAUCCUCGGCUCCUAGCGAACUGGCGGGAUCACUUAUGCCAGCCACUCACCAUGUACCUGCAGCGCCGCCACCGGAUUACAAUCAGGCGGCAGCCAACUCUCGCUGGCCGUUGGCCGGAAUCAAUAAGCCGAUGGACUCGGCCACGAAGAGCAGUUUCCAGGAGUUUACGCGCUACCAGAUGCAGUACAAUCUUCAGCAGCAGCAGCAACAGGUCAAUUUGCCAGGACAGCCGCAACAGCAGCAGCAGCAGCAGCAGGGACAACAGCAGCAACAGUUGCCGCCUCCCGCGCUGCCGACACAGCAGCAGCAGCAACAACAGCAACAGCAGGUUCAAGGUCAACAGCCACAGGUUGCGGGUCAGGCUCAAGGUCAAGUGGAUUCGCUGAUGUCGCUUUCCGUGCUGGAUGCCUUAACCACAAACGACUUGGACGCCCUGCUGCCCACUUUGAACUGUGAUCUGGACUCGACGCUCAGUCUGGAAGAUAAAAACGAGCUCGAAUCGCUGCUGCAGGAUGCCAAGGAUCUGGAUUUGGAUCUGAUCGAAGACAAUCUAUCGGCAGUGGAUAUGGAUGUGAGGGAUGCGUUGAAUACGCUGCAAGAGACGCCACUGGAACAGCAGCAACCACAGGCGGUGGUUAUGCAGCAGACACCACAAAUUCUGCAAAUGCCCUACCAACAGCAGCAGCAGCAACAACAACAACAACAGCAGCAGCAGUUGCAACAGCAACUAAUGCUGCAACAACAGCAGAGGCAGCAGCAACAAUUGCCGCAGUUGCAACAGCGCCAGCAGCAGCAACAGGUGCAGCGACAAAUGCAACUGCAACAGCAGCAGCAGCAACAACAGUUGCAGUUGGUACAGCGCCAGCAACAGCAGCAGCAACAGGCACAAUUGCAAGUGCAGCAUCCGCAGCAGCAACAGAGACCGCCCCAGAAGCAAUUUAUCAUUAAUCCACACACUGGGGACAUGGAACCAAUGGCCAGCGACGAUAGCGAAACGGAGGCGGAGGAGGAAACGGCACAGCCGCAAUUCCGCAACAGCAACAUGUCCAGUGGUUUGAGCAGCUUCAAUUUUAAUCCCGCCAACGAUAUGCUUCUGCCCAACAAUAUUUUCUCCGAGGAGGACUCGAAUUCGGCGCAACAGCAUCCGAUGGCGAUAAGCAGUGAUCAGGAAAGAUCACGCGAUUCCCUGGCAUCCAACAAAUCGGCCUCCAGCAGAGCCAGGAAAACUCCAGUCUCGAAAGCGAAUCACAGCAACUUGAAUGCGGGUGACAAUUCGCCUCGUUCCAGCAACAGUUCGCCCUUGAUUGGCUUGAAUUCGCCCCAAUCCGUGACAGCCAGUGGAGCGCCCAGCAAGAAGGCCAAGCCGAAUCUGCUGCGCGGAAAGCUGCAGCAGGGCGUAAAGGAGCGCAAGGCCAAGGAUCCCGCGGCCACGCCGAAGCCGAAGCGAGAGCGGGCGAAGGGCAAUGCCAAGACGAAGGCGGCCGAGGAGAAGAUCAAGCUGCGUCUCAAGCUGGACAAGGUGGAAACGUUGCCGGCAGCGGGAGCUGGCUACGAGGGGCAGAUAGUUGUCAAUCAACAGCAGCAACAGCAGACCAUAGUGGUCAAUAAUCACAUGCAACAGUUGCCCAUGCAAACGCAACUGUUGACGUUGCCCACACAACAACAGCAGCAGCAAACGCCACAGUUGCAGCAACCUCAAAUGCAGUUAACCCAACAGCAACAACAACAACAACAACAACAUCUGCCACAGCAACAACCAUCUCAGCUUCAGCCACAACAACAACAACAACAGCAGCAGCAGCAAUCGCUUCAACAGCAACAACACCAUCCGGUCUACAGCAACUUUCAGCAACAGCAGCAGCAGCAACAACAACAACAGGCUGUCCCUGGUCUCAAUGAGCCUCGUGUGCCUCCCCUGCAAAUCCGUUUGCGCGGCAAGAACCAUGUGGUGGUCAAGAAUACGCGAAAAGAUCGAAAGAAGGGACAGAAUCAGGAGGCAACCAUUGAUGAGCGACAGCUGAAGCGCAGCUUUAGCGAUCAGCCGCCGCAGCAAUUGCUCAUGGAUGCGGUGACGGACAACAAGCAGGUCAAGCUGACGCCACCGCCCCACGUCAACGGAUUGCCCAUACUGAUACAGAAGACGACGGCGACGGUGGCACCACCAUCGCAAAUGUCGCAGCAUCUGCAGAGCGGAGGAGCCACGACCACCACCAUUGUGGCGGGCAAGAAUGGACUGACGAUUAGUGCCAUUGUGGAGGCGCACAAGGCUCAGGCCCAAGCGCAGGCCCAAUCCCUGGGUGAACCUCAGCUGAUUGUGGGAUCCACGAACACGGGCACAACGCCCACGUCCACCACACUGCAGCAGCAGCAGCUCAGCAAGAUAGCCACCUCGUUGCCCAGCAGCAUUACCCUGAGUGCCAUCAACAGCAACAACAACAAUAACAACAAUGUGAACAGCGGGAAUAACAACAAUCGGCUGUUGACGAUGAAGAACCCGAUUAAGACUGCCGCCACCAUCACACCCAUUGUGGGUGGCAAGCCGAUGACAAAAAACCAUAAGCCGCCGCCAUACAUCACAGCCGUGCAACAGCUGCAGCUGCAGAAGCAACAACAGCAGCAGCAACAACAGCAGCAGCAACAGCAGCAGCAACAACAGCAGCAGCAACAGCAGCGACAACUGGCGGCGGCCGUAACCAUGUUGCCCAGUGCGACGACCCUCAAGCGUGUGGAGAUCACAAAGGUCCCGCCGCAGGUCACGGCAGAGCAGGCUCCUAGUAUAACCCAAUCCCCAGUAGUAGUAGCACCAACAACAGCAGCAGCAGCAGCAGUCGGAGCAGCAGCAUCAUCAACUCUAGCAACAUCGUCAACGCCCACUACGCAAACAACUCAGCUGAUCUGUGAUAGAAAGUUGCCAGUGGCCAUGCCACCCAUGACCACAGUCAACGUCAACAAUGUGAAUGUGAAUGUGAAUGUCAAUGUGGUGGCCACCAAUGUGGUGAACACCUCGUCGGCCUCCCUGCAGACCUUAUCCUCGGUGUCCACAGCCUCCUCCUCGUCCUCGUCCUCCUCCUCCGCAUCCAUAAUCACCACCUCUACCUCAUCGCCGGCUGCGUUACCCAGCACGUUGCGCAACUCACCCGCCAGCAAUGGGAGUGGGACACCGGGUCACGGCAACAAUGGCGGUGGCGAGGAUAGCGGCAUUGAGUCCAUGGAUGCGCUCUCCGAGAAGAGUCCCCAUCAGCUCUCCUCCAGCAGUCCCAUUCAGGUGACCAAAACGGCGGCGAUGACGAUGGUGUCGCAGCAGCAGCAGCAACAGCAGCAGCAGCAGACGAGCACCAUGGCCACAACAACUGCCACGACGGUGAUGCCACCUGUGAUUGCAACGCCAGUGGGAGCCACUGCAACUGGAGCUGGAGCACCACCUCUAACUGGAGCCAGUUCCCUGCAACAACAGCAAAAACAGCAGGCGGAUGACGAGAUUGAGAAGGCGCUGGCCAAGAUGGAGGGUGACUUUCCCGAGGAUCUCGAGGACAUUGUCUCGUCGAUGAUAAAGGAGACUAGUGAAUGUGCCAGUGCUGCAGGUGGUGGUGGUGGUGGUUACCUAAACAGCCUGGAGAACUCGCUGCCAGCGGCAACUGUUGCGGCAGCAACUGCAACCACAAACACAAAUAGCUUAGGAAGCGUCAAGUUGAAUGGCGAACACCAUAUACUCGAACACGAUGAUCUCAUCAAGAAACUCACAGAGAGCAAACCACCGGCGAUCAAGGUGAAGCUGGAGGAGAUGCCCCCGCUGCUCACAAUCAAAAAGGAGCCGGCGAUUAAGGCGGUAGUAAGUGGGCUUAAAGUGGAGGCCAAGGUGGAGGUCAAAGCUGAACCGAAGGCAGAGCCCAAGUCGGAGGAGAAGGUGCAGGAGAAGCCUCAGGGCGAGUCCAAUUCAGCCUCCCUCCAGCCCAUUUCGAUCGAGAUACCUGCCCAGGUGGAUGGUGAAACGCCGCGGAUUCGGACGCGGGCCAGCAGUCGCCUGGAGAGUCCGCUGGAUGCACCGAAAACGAGUCCCGAUCCCACACUGCUCACUGGAGCCACAGCUGCGACGGCGACGGCAACUGCAAAUACGCCCAGCACCGCCAAGAGUCUAUCCCGCGCCUCCUCCACCGCCAGUCCCCGUGUGGUCACACCCACACCCAAUCACAACAACAACAACAACAGCAAGCGACGGCGACAGGAAUCCGAGUGCGGCAGCAGCAAUGAUGGCGCCGAUUUGGCCGAGAACAGCAUCAAGCGUCCACGUGUGAGCAGCGGUAACGGGAGCACUCAAUCCACCACCAGCAACAAUGCAACAGAAGCUGCCGUCGAGCACAACUCCAGUGCAGGAUUGCCCAAGAAGAUCGAGAUCGAGUCAUCCGAUUCCGAUGAGCCGCUGAUCGAGGUGGCCGGCAAGGUGCGCAACUCCAAACAGGCGCAAGUGGAUGCAGCAGCCGAUGCGGCAGCAGCAGCAUCAGCAGCAGCAGCGGCAGUGGAGAAGCACGUGACGCGGAGGAAUGCACAGCAGCUACAACCGCCACAGAACAAAACGGCCAGCAAUCACGCUCUGUCUGCCACUCCACCACUUGCAACACCGAGGACGGGCAAGGCUCAAGCGCCAAUUGGAAGUGCCACCGCCGGCGGCAGCAGCAAUCACAGCAGUGGGACUUCCAAUAAUCCCAGUGUUGUGUCCAGCACGGCAGUGGCCACCACAACAAUGCCGGGCGGAGCUUUGGUCACCAACAGCCAAACCAACAGCAGCACGAGUGUGGUGCAUGCCACACGAGGAGCCACCGCAGCGGCAGCCAGCACCACCAACAACAAUGCCACCUCAGCCAGUUCGCCCACGGACGAGAAGAUCGGCACUCGGCGGAGCGUGCGAGCCAGUGCGGCUGCCAACAAGAUCAUCUACAGCCGCAGCAAUGCAGCCGCCGCUGCUGCAGCAGCCGCCGCCGCGGCAGAGCCGAAGGGAACGCCUGGCAAGGCGGCAGCAGCAGUUGGUGGCAACAGCGCCGGCAGUGUGGAAAGCGUCGCGGAAGCAAGGCGAAAGACGCGCAGUGCAGUCAUUGGCGAGUCCAUGUUGACCGAGGGACGCCGGAGAAGAACGUCGCGUGACUACAAGUGACCAGAGUUUUGCGCCUUGGCUAAAGGCUUGAACCAUCCGAGCGAUGCGCACGACGACGAUCUGCUGGAGCUAUUCGAAGACUUUGAGCAGCAACAGCAGCAGUCGCAUCAGCCGCAGCAGCAGCAGCAACAACAACAGCAGCAGCAGCAGCUGGAGAUCAACAAUAGCAGCAGCAGCUUUCCUUUAGCCCAGGCGCAGGACGGUGACGGUGACGAUGACGGUGAUGGUGAUGGCGACGAGACCGCCGAGUAUGAGCAUAUGGCGCGAGCAGCCGGCGGCUACAUGGAGGAGGCCGAUCACCUGCUGUCCUAUCACAGCAGCAGCAGUGCCGCGGACGUGGAUGUGGACGAGGUGCUGAUGCCGGAGCUGGCCAAUGCCACGGCCCUGGACUGCGGCAACUUUGUCGACUACGAUGAGUUCAACCUGUGCCUGAACAACAUCCUCAGCGAGGAGGACGACAGUGGCAGUGGAGGAGGUGGUGGCAGCGGCGGGAUGGCUAGCAAACACCAGCCCACGUGGCGCGAUGCCAGCGACGUACUCAACAUCGUGCAGCUAAACAACGAUUUGGGAUUGAGUUUCCAGGAGUUUGCCAGCGAGACGACGACGGCGGAUGAGCAGCGCUCCGCCAGCAGCAGUUCGCCGCAGCUGGCGUAGUGAAGUCGGAUCACGGACGGCUACUUGUAUAUAACACACGCACUGAUACCGAACGCUUUCGUUUGUAGUUCUUAGGCCUAGUUUCCGUUGAGGAUUUUUGUAUAGUUAGUGGUAGCCACAAGUUGCAAUAAUGUUGCGUCUCAAAGCGAGCAACAUCACACCCAGACACACACACACACCCAGACACACACCCCAAACCCACACACACACACACCGCAGACGGACGGUUGCAAGCGCCGAUUAACUUUGUUUACACUUUGUUUUCUGCUCCCCAAAGUCCGAGUUUAUCCGCCUAUAUGCCACCAUUCUCAUCUGGCACUACUGCUAACUGCUAACUGCUGCUCCCCAAGUAUCCACCCAUUGGAAAUGAUUUGCUAGUCAAGUGAAACAGGCAAUUUAAUGUAUAGCUCACAAGAUGAAAUUUUGAACAAAUUAGUUGAGUACGUAUUUGAGAAGCUCCCAUUAACACUAACGUAGAAUAGUUGGCUGAAACUGAAACUGAAACUGAAACAGAAACUGAAACAAAACAAAAAACAUCUCCCCACGCGAACACUCUCUCACGCAUGCAUAGUUUAAUUUGAAAAAUCUUAUUUCCAUGGACCGCUCUGUAAAUAUUUAGAUUCUUUACGAUGCAACAUGAACACACACACAUUUCUAGCUUUAGGUUUUCUUACUUUUACGCGCUGCGCCCAGUCGAAAGUCUAUAAGAAGCUGAUCCAUUGGAUCGAGCAGAUCAGAUCAGAUCAGAGCAGACCGCACGUUAACUUUAGAUUUUAUAUAUUUUUUGUAACCUUCAAACUUAUGAAUACAGUACAUACAGAUAUAGCGUAUUAGUUUCCGUAAGCUUGCGUUGUUUCGAAAAUUUGUUUUUUAGUUUUAAAUGCUCUAGCCUAAGGACAGUAAUCUUAACGAGAAUUCUUUACCACAAUAUAUGCACAUGGAAACCUAUGCAAUAAGUUAGUCAAAAAUGUAAAAAGGCCAAGCACCACAAAAAAUUAUAAACACAGAAACCUACAAAAAAAAAAAAUACAAAAAAAAAAACAGAUCGAAAAAACAUAUAAGGAGAAGAGAAUGGAGAAUAUU